AUGUUUUAAGCAGAAGAAAAAAGCUUAUCAGAACAACAAUUAAUUCUGCAUAUGAUCCAUUAGAAUGAUUACGAUACUCUUAAAGAGUUCGGUAUAAAUAAAGGUAUUGAUGUUUAAGUUUCAAUAGGGAAUAUUAAUUUUUUGGAAUCAUUUAGUGAGAUUGAAGUAGAUUAGAAAAUAUCUCCUUUGAUUUGUGCAUGUUACUUGGGAAGACUUGAAAUAGUGAAAUUGUUGCUUUCGAAUACGCAAGUUGAUGUUGAUUUAGCAAGUCUGGAUUCAGGAUAAACUCCAUUAUCAAUUGCAGCAAUGACAGGAAAUUAUGAAAUCCUUAAAAUACUCCUUGAUGCUGGAGCUGAAGUUAAUAAGCCAAAUACAUUUAAUUAAACCGCUUUUAUAAUGUGUUUUGCACGAUUAGAAGAAGAAAAAAAUGUAUUUGAAAAUAGAAAAAUUUGUUUCAAAAUGGCAGAACUUUUACUUCAUUAUGGAGCAGACAUAAAUUGGAUUGUUGAUAAGACACAUGGAUUCAAUCUUUUAAUGCAGUUAUGUUCGAUUAGAAUGGAAUUGAAUUAAAAAGAGGCUGACAUUAACUAUUAGAUCAUCAAGUUCCUGAUUGAAAAUGGAGCUUAAAAAGAAUUGUAAUCAUUGAAGGGGAAAAAAGCAUCAGACUUACUCAAGAAACAUUCUAAUAGAGAAAAAUUAAUGGAAUUGCUGAUGAGUACAUAGCAGUUAUACUUUUAUGGGAAACAGAAAAACAGUAGCAGGUAUUCUAAUCAAUAAUAACAACUUCUUAUCAGAAAUGAACCUAGAUAAUAAAAAGUCUGA